GUGCGUGCGCUCCGAGUAAAUCUGGGACCUGUCGACAACAUUUCUGUGGCAGUCCCAGGACCGGGGAAGUUGGAGCAGUUGGAGAUCGACUGGGCCACGAUCUUCGGGUAUAUGCCUAAACUAAAGCGUCUGAAUCUCGCCAGUGUGCCGCUAUCGAGCCGACAUUUCGAGAAUAUACUGGAGGCUGCCUCCAAGAACUGCCCUCUUGUAGAAUUCCUGGGUUUACCUUGCAAAGGAGAC